AUAAUGAAAGACUGCCCACAUGCAGCAGGAACGCCCCGAAUUGCUGGCUGCAGUUUCACACUAUUGGAAUAUACCGAACUAUUCUAUUGAAUCUGAUGAACGGCAAGUCUUUCUCUGAGCUUCUGAGCUGAAUACGUUCGCCUAUGGAAAACAAAUAUUACGGGGAAAUUAAGGAACAUGAAAAAGAAAAACGGAAGUACAAAGGAACCCUAUGACUGUAACACACAGCAUUCGCAUAGUUUUUCAUUAAUACAGCACUACACCUGCACACGGAGACUGAUAUGGACUUCCUCUGUUGACAACUUCCUCACUGGUGAGGGUCGGUAGGCUUCAAUGAGCAAUAGAGUUGACUGCAUACAGACGCAAGAAUGGAGUGAGCGCAGUCAGACCUGACCCUAAGUUAUUACAAAGACUCAGAAACCAUUUUGGAGCAGUGAAUCAAACAAGAUGGAUUACAAAUAUGACAAUGCUGGAAUAGAACUCCUGCUGGCUCACAUGAACAUAGAGGACAUCAUCGACGUGGUGGAACAUCUCUACCACACCAAGGAAGAGGAAAAAGAGGCUGGGGCGUCGUUUGCGGAGGGUCUCUCUCAGGAGGAGAUGGACGAGAACGAGGAGACAGUGGAUGAUUCGUGGGGCGAAGUGAUAGGAGGGUCCCAGGGGACACAGCAGGGGAACAGUGGUGGCAGGGUAAGGUACGGGACGGUGUCGGACUUGCUCUCUUUCGUCAACCAGAUCUCUAACAUGCAGCCAGAAGUAUUGCAGCACCUGCCGGAGGAGAUGGGUGUGUUACUGAACAAGAAACACAUGGGGAUGAAGAAGGGUCACUAUCGCAUCGAUUCAGAUGUGUUACUGUUUCCAUGGAAGUGGACCUAUAAGACUCCUGGCUCCGGCGGCCAUGUUCCAAAGGGCUCUUUUGGGAAAGUCCACUUGGCUCAGGAUGCCAUAACCAGGAAGAGAAUGGCAUGCAAACUGAUCCCCAUGGAACACUUCAAACCAGCCGAUGUGGAGAUCCAGGCACGGUUCCGUCAUGAGAACAUUGCAGAGCUCUAUGGUGCUCUCCUCUGGGACCAAAACAUCCACCUGUUCAUGGAAGCCGGCGAGGGAGGGUCGGUUCUGGAGAAAUUGGACAGCUGUGGCCCCAUGAGGGAGUUUGAGAUAAUCUGGGUCACCAAGCAAGUCCUCCGGGGCUUGGAGUACCUACACUCUCACAAUGUCAUCCACCACGACAUCAAACCCAGCAACAUCGUCCUGAUGUCAGACAAAGCGGUUCUGGUAGAUUUUGGCCUGACGGUACAGAUGACAGAGAAAGUAUACACCCCUAGGGAUCUACGAGGCACAGAGAUGUAUAUGAGCCCGGAGGUGGUUCUUUGUCGAGGACACAACACCAAGACAGAUAUCUACAGCCUGGGCACCACCAUCAUCCAUAUGCAGACUGGCAACCCACCCUGGGUCAGGAGAUACCCACGCACCGCCUACCCAUCCUACCUCUACAUAAUCCACAAGCAGGCCCCUCCCCUGGAGGACAUAGCGGAGGACUGCAGUGGUGUCAUGCGGUCCUUCCUAGAGACAGCCCUGGAGAGGAACCCUGCCAAGCGCAGCUCUGCAGCCAAGCUCCUGAGGGACGAGGCCAUCAACCCUCCCAGAGAGGAACAGCCACGCUGCUGGAGCCUGGACUCAGCCCUGGUGGAGGCCUCCCACCCUCUACUGAGGCAGCAUAGCCAGCAGCCUGACACCACACAGGAAUCCUCAUUGUACUCUGAGCCUGAGGACUCUGCCCACCUGAGGAGAAAGGGAUCCCUGUACAUCGACUUGGGGGCAAUGGCUGGAUACUAUAAUCUAGUGAGAGGUCCCCCUGCCACAGAGUAUGGCUAACCCUGAGCCUAACCUCUGAAGGAAAUUUGUAUUUCCUUCAGAGGUAAAGAUAUCAGAGAUAACUGUUACCUUUCACCUAGCCUGGUACUGGUGAACUGUUAGGUCAGAGACUCUCAAGAAGUUGAGUUCGGGACUCAUGAAGACUCAACGGAGAAGGUGUGACUGAUGCUUUUGGAAAGAGAUACCAGAAGGACAGAAAAUUGGAUAGAGACAGUAAAUAGCCUGCACUUCAAUGGCGCUGGACUCGUGUGAUGAAAUUGACCAAUGUCUGAAGAGUGGUUUCUGUAGCUGCCUUAAUUUGCCAUCUCUCAACAAUGCAGCGGUUCAUUGGAUGUAAGAGAUGUGUUACUCAGUAACACUGUGUUUCACUGGCUAACAGUGGAAUCAGUGACAUCUUGUGGGAUGUUCUGUAGAUACAUGAUAUACUGUAUAAGCAUCUUAUACAAGUUUGUUUCUUAAAGAAAUGCAUCUGAAUGGGUCUUGUGAUUGAGACGUCAUUCUAUUAUUUUGUGUCAAUAUGAAAACUAUGAUUUCUGACCUGAAACUUAUUUGUGUUUGUUCCUAAGGAAUAUGAGAAGUGAUUUUGCGAAUUGCUAUGCAAGUUACACCAUGUACAUGACUGAUUAAUUUGUUACUUUAUUUGUGUGAUCAUUGUUCUUUACCUGUUGGGUAUGCAGUUUUCUUUCAUAGUGAAUAAAAAUAUAAAUGCCACUUGCAACAAUUUCAAAGAUUUUACUGAGUUUACAAUAAGGAAAUAAGUCAAUUGAAAUAAAUUCAUUCGACCCUAAUCUAUGAUUUCACAUGACUGGGAAUACAGAUAUGCAUCUGUUGGUCACAGAUACCUUAAAAAAGGUAGGGGGCGUGGAUCAGAAAACCAAGCCGUAUCUGGUGUGAACCACCAUUUUCCUCAUAAAGCGCGGCACAUCUCCUUCGCAUAGAGUUGAUCAGACUGUCGAUUGUGGCCCUUGGAAUGUUGUCCUACCCCUUCAAUGGCUGUGCGAAGUUGCUGGAUGUUGGUGGGAACUGGAAUACGCUGCUGUACACGUCGAUCCAAAGCAUCCCAAACAUGCUGAAUGGGUGACAUAUCUGGUGAAUAUGCAGGCCAUGGAAGGAGUUGGACAUUUUCAGCAGAAUUGUGUAGAGAUCCUUGCGACAUGGGGCCGUGCGUUAUCAUACUGAAACAUGAGGUGAUUGCUGCAGAUGAAUGGCACGACAAUGAGACUCAGGAUCUCGUCACGGUAUCUCUGCAUUCAAGUUGCCAACAAUUCGUCCACACAACGCCGUACACGUGGUCUGCGGUUGUCAGGCCGGUUGGACGUACUGCCAAAUUCUCUAAAUUAGUGUUGGAGGCGGCUUAUAAUAGAAAAAUUAACAUCAAAUUAUUGGGCAACAGCUCUGGUGGACAUUCCUACAGUCAGCAUGCCAACUGCGUGCUCCCUCAAAACUUGAGACAUCUGUGGAAUUGUGUUGUGUCACAAAACUGCACAUUUUAGAGUGGCCUUUUAUUGUCCCCAGCACAAGGUGCACCUGUGUAAUGAUCAUGCUGAUUAAUUAGCUUCUUGAUAUGACACACCUGUCCGAUUGGAUAGAUUAUCUUGGCAAAGGAGAAAUGCUCGCUAACAGUAAUGUAAACAAAUUUGUGCACAAAAUUUGAGAGAAAUAAACUUAUUGUGCCAAUGAAAAAUUACAGAAUCUUUUAUUUCAGCUCAUGAAACCAAUACCUUACAUGCUGCGUUCAAGUAUAUCCAAUGAGAUGACCAGUGCUGUUUUGUACACACAUUAAUUUCAAUAUAGCAUUUUGUUAAUUUUCUUCAGACUUUGUCUCAUACACUACUUAUUUCUGUCAUGUUAGUUGAAUAAAAUGUCAUAUCAUUAACCUGAAUUAAAUGAAAAGCCAACA